AAAAAGAAAGCAACUAUUGAACUACUAAUGAUACAGUUCAUUGUCUUUAUGUCCUCUUUGCUUGGACUAUUUUUCCCUUAUUAGCACACUUCUUCUACUAGUGCCCUAGAGCAGCAUCAUGAGAAGGAACUCUGCCAUUCUCUUUACAGUCCUCGCCAUUUUGCAUUCACUUGGAACACUGGGGCGGACACAGUCUUCAGCAACUCAUGGCGAUUUAUCUAUCCCGAUGUAUUCGUGCCGUGCUGAAGCUGAUGUGGUCUUUGUCAUUGACUCCUCCACCAGUAUCUCUCCGGAUAAUUUCAGGAAGAUGUUGACCGUGGCUGCCACAAUAACAUCCAGUCUUAGAAUCGGUAGAGACGGAAUUAGGGUUGCCAUGGUGAUGUUUUCUGAUGAAGGGAAAACAGUGUUCAAUUUAAACAGUUAUUACGAUCCGACAUUGAUUCGCUUGGCAAUGAUCAGUUCUAAGUAUCUCGGUGGUAACACUUAUUUAGACAGAGGCCUGACCGCUGCUUAUAAUCUUCUGAGUCCCAUUGGAGGCGGAAGACUUAAAGCCAUUAAAACAGUCCUAGUAAUGACUGAUGGACGCUCCAGCAACCCAGAAAGAACUUAUCAAGUCGCUGAACUUCUUCAUAAGAACAAUGUCAAGGUCAUUGGUGUGGGCAUUGGUCCAGAUGCUAGUGAUGAAGAGCUAAUGAAGUUGACCCGAGAUUGCACCUUGAUAUUCAAGGCUACGAGCUUUGACGCUGCUCACUCUUCUUUGUCUAGUCUGAUGCUAAAAACAUGUGAAGUGAUUAAAGGGAUCCAGGUUCCAGAAGAACCAUAAAAGUGAAUCAGUUCUGAGACUAGCUGGACAAAGCGUUAAGCAAGAGUUGGCAAUACUUACAAGACACUCGCCAAAUAAUUGAUAUCAAAAUGAACCCAUGAAAUAAAAUGUAUUAAAACAACACAA